UUAAUCAGCCUCGUAAGCAGCUUGCUUCUGGCAUAUCUCGGGAUCGCGUUAGGACAAUUAAUGCCAACAUCUAACGACAAUGUGUGUUUCAUUUCAGGUUUCUUUGUAUAUUUUUGUCUAAUUGCGGCAUUCUCGUGGAUGAACGUAACAUGUUUUGAUAUAUGGAAAACUUUUGGAUCAACUAAAUCAAAUCGCUUGCAGAAAAGAGAACAAGCUUCUCGGUUUAUCUGGUAUUCUGUGUAUGGCUGGGGAUUACCAACAUUCUUGACUGCAAUUACUGCGGCAUUGACAAAGUCAGAUGUGCUUCCCGAAAAUGUACGUCCACUUUUCGGUAACGGACGCUGCUGGUUUACAUGCAAAUGAUACCAUUGGAUUUGCGAGCUUAAUCUUUUUUUCUGGACCUGUUGGAUUUCUGUUUCUUAUCAAUCUUGGAUUGUUUUUGG